AUGAUUGGCUGGGUCGGCAUACACGAACCGGCUCAGACCAACGAAGACACCACGCCUGUUCUGAAGGCAGCCGCCAAUGGCGUUCCCCCCUCCGGCAAGAAGACGGCGAUCGUGACAGGGGCCUCCAGCGGCAUUGGCUUGGCGACGGUCCUGCGGCUGCUCAAGGGGGGGUACGAGGUCCACGCUGGCGCGCGGCGGGUCGACGCAAUGCGCGAGCUGGGGGCGCAAGGGGCGCAUUUACACCACCUGGACCUGACCCAGCCCGAAAGCAUCGAGGCGUUCGUGGGGGAGGUCCUGGCGGCCAGCGGGCGCAUCGACGUGCUGGUUAACAACGCGGGUUACGGCGCGUACGGGGCGGUCGAGGAGGUGCCGCUGAGCGACGCGCGGGCGCAGAUGGAGGUUAACCUUUUUGGGUUAGCGCACCUGAUCCAGCUGGCGCUCCCCACGAUGCGCGCGCAGGGGUCGGGGCGCAUCAUCAACGUUUCUUCGAUCGGGGGCCGGGUGUGGUCACCUCUGGGGGCCUGGUAUCAGGCUUCCAAGUUUGCGCUGGAGGGCUUCUCUGAUUGCCUCCGCAACGAGCUGCGUCCCUUCGGGAUUGACGUGGUUGUGGUUCAGCCAGGGGGGAUCAAGACGGAGUGGGCUCCCAUUAUGGUGGACAACAUGAUGAAGACCUCGGGAACGGGGCCUUACCGGGAGAUAGCCGAGAGGGCGGCGGAGGUGCACUCCAAGUUGGGGCCCCAUGCAGCAGAGCCCAAAGUUAUCUCGGACGCGAUUUGGACGGCGGUCACCGUGAAGCGUCCGAGGUCGCGCUAUGUGGCGCCCUUCUCGGGCAAGGUGUUUUUGUGGCUGCGGUCGGCGCUAAGCGACCGUGCGUUUGACUGGGUGCUUGGGAGCCUCUUGUUCAACAUGCCAAAGAAAAUUCAGGCGGAGUCUGCGAAAGUCAAGGCGGCCUGAUGUCAAGAUAGACAGGACACUGCUAGGAAAGAAAGAACCUAAUCCUAAACGACGCUAAUCAAGAUUCUGAGGAGGCUAGUAUUAUGAUUGUAGUAGUACUGAUGCUCUGUUGGGUGUUGUAAGAAGUCUGCGUUUGGCCCAUAACGUGCUUUUAGUAUCUUUGAUAAAAGCCGACUUUGUCAGAAGUGUUUGUUAGGCAGCUAGUUCAGGGAAUAAGUGUAGCGAUACCUCCUGUUAUGCAGAAGUACCUUUUGAGUUUGGCAGGCUUUGUAAGUAGCGGGAAGACAAUGCUGAUGUAGACACUUGUGAAGUUGUAAGGAGACGACUCAAUAACUUAUACAAUCCUAUCUUACACAGUUUGCCAGGAUUCAAUUCGUCAUACUGUCGAGUAUGAUCUUCAUUGUAUAUGCUCUCUUGGCUGAACUUGAUGCUGCUAGUGCC